AAAAAAAAAAAAAAUAUGAGACGAAGCUGGCGAGGGCGCACAAAAAACCAGGCCGGCCGGCUCAGUGGAUCGCUGCAUCCAACUGGAUCCGCGCAAGUGGGGCCCGACCCACUCGGUGUCGGGGUAACAGCCUAUCAGCGGGCUCAAUUGGAAGCUCGAAUUCAGGCCAGCUUCUCGGUCGCAAUUAAACCGGGCCGAAUCGGGCAUGUGGCUCCACUUCACCCGGACAGGGAGGGAAACUGAGACGCAAGCAGGUUUGGUCCUGUCCUCGUCGGCUGGAAGGAGCUGGCUGGCUGCUGCUGCUGCUACUGCUGCUUGCUGCUUGCUGCUGGCUGCUGGCUGCUGCGAAGCGUCGCUCUUGCCUCGGGAAAUGCCUCACCGACUCAUCGUUUUGGGUAUCCCCCCGUUUUGGGACAACCCGGCUCGUCCGGCGUGAGUCUUCCGAAGCUCUCUCAAGCUAGCAGGGUAGCUCGCCGUAGCUGUCCGUACUUCCCCCCCCCCUUCCAUUCCUGUCUGCCAGAUCUGUCUUCCGUCCGAGGGUGGUGCGCGGGUUAUAUAUCUUUUGGAUAGAUCAGAGAAAUUGGCUCACUUGAGAGGAGAGGGGGGGGUUGGGGGUUUGUGGUGUGUGUGCGGGUGUGGGUGUGGGUGUGGGUGGCGGCCACACACCACCACCACCACGAAAACCUUCCGCGGGCUCGAAACCGGACUGGACAAAAAUUUCCCACCCCCAUCAGCGCUAGCGAGGGAAUGCACUGGUUGUUAUCGUCCGGGUGCUGUGCUGUGUUGCUGUUUGUCUUGUCUGUCUCGUCUGUCUGUUCCCUUCCGCACCCGUCCGU